AUCCGAUCGCUUCUAACUAAGCAAACACUACACCAACACACGGGGAGAUAUCCCGUCAAAAUUCUCCUAACAGGUGCAAAACCAAGCCAAGAAUAUACAGAAAUCCCCAUGUCGGGAAGCUAGAGGUUUCUCUGCUUCAAGAUGGAGUUUCGCGCGCCUUUUUCGGUUGGGAUCGUUCUUGUUUUGUGUCUUGUUCCACUCGGAGCAGUGCGAAGCCGACCCGUGGCAGGGGACGGCGAGUGUGUUAUCUCAGAGCAAUACAAGUGCGGAGAGAAGGAGUGUAACUGUAAGCCAAUCAGCGUGUGGCCUGGGUUCCAGGAAAUUUUCCGCCGCCUCCUCGCCUUCCAGUCUCCACUCAUCCCCAGCGCUGAAGAGUUGGACUGUGGGAAGUGUGACGUUACGUGUGAAAGACAAGUCGUGGUUAAGUGCGAAAACGGUGUGUGUCAAGACGAUCAUUGCGCAUGUCUGCCCUGCUGGCGAGGAAAGUCAUGUGACCAGCCAGACCUCACAGGGCCGCCCGAGUUUGAACAAAAAGAAUACGAAGCUGAAAUUCGCGAAGACGCGGCUGUAGGAGACGACAUUCUGACCGUGACUGCGCUUGACCGAUGCUCAAAGCACCCCGACAAAAUCCGCUAUUCUAUCGCAGAGGAAAGCGACGACGAGCUGCUUACGAUUGAUGAAAAUAAUGGUCGCAUUAAGGUUGCAAAGAGUCUGGAAUCUAGUGCUGGGAAAAGCCUCGAGCUGACAGUGCAGGCAAAUAAGGGCGCUGACCAGUCCGUGGCGAAGGCCCAUGUACGUGUUACUGUCAGGGAGACUGGGCGUCAGAGGAGGUCUACUCAUCAUGUUAUGAGGCGAGCUGUGUCGUCUAGCCCAGGCUCGUUGAUUUUAAGAGUCCUGGUACCUGAUGACAUCGCAGGCAACAACGUCACAUUCCUCAACACUGGCGGCAAGAUCACGUACCAAAUGGAGCUGUCGCACAACACCUCUGGAGUAACGAUACAGCCACAGAGCGGUAUAACAGUCGAGUGCUGGGGCUCGCAUCUAACACCAAGUGCGUUGAGCUCACAUGUUCUGGCUUCUGAGACUAGCAGGGCUGGUAACAACAUCACCUUUAGCGUGCCCAUGCUUACCUCGAGUGACGUCGCCAAGGCAAACUUCGAAGCCACUGUCAAUGCGGGUAUUUUUCCCCUGGCGAAUCUGUACUUCAGUUGCUCCGCCUCUGCAAGCGGCUUCGGAGUCGGUCCCGUGUUCUCGUUGGUCAAAUACGCAGUGUUUCCGAAAGCGACAAUUGAACGAACGAGUCAUUCCGGAGUCACGUUGCUAGUCACCGGAACUGAGGUUAACUACAAGAUGACAAUAGAUAUGCCUGAGCUUAACUUCCCCCUUCUGGUGGAGAUCUCGUCUGCUAUCAACGACUUUUCCUUCAUGGAAGUCAAAGAGGUCACGGUAAACACAGGAAGCAAAAUCACCGGCGGGAGCUCAACACCAACACCAACCUACCACAAGAGCAAUUUAGAGCUGCUGUUCAACGAUCGCUCUGUGUUGGACUUCAAAGACCUCACGGUUGGAGCAUCAGCAACAAACAGCGAUAAACAGAUUACGGUCGAUUUCACAGCCGUCAUCAACGAUCAUCCCGAUCUUUUCAAUGGAUCAAAGCAUUGGAUUGGCGCGGGACUGCGGAGCGGAUACCAGAUGCUUUGGGUGGGACAAGAGGCCAUCUACGUGGAAAAGGUUCAGCCAACGGUCGGUGUAUUCUUCAAGACACUUAACGACUCUCUUUUCACCCGGUACUACUACCAAGAUCGUUUGUCAUUCGACUUCACCGUCAAGCACACCAAUACUUCCACAGCUGAUGCAAGGAACGUCAAUGUCACAUGCUAUUUCCCUGACUCUCUCACUUUCAUUUCUGGGACUUACUCUGUGAAAGGUGGUUCAUCACAAGCCUUGGCUAAACACAAUGCCACUACGCUCACCCCGAUACAGGAAGCUGCUUUAAACCAAGGUGAUGAGAUCACUGGGACUAUGGAGGUCGAGGUGUCCAGCUCGGUCACGCCCUUGGUGAAGCUGGAUCCCGUUUGCCGCGUGGAGUACUCGAAUCUCGCUUCAGAGCCCAAGCUAGCCACCAAACACACGCCCGACCCGUCAUGCAUCGCGGGCGUACCGGUCUUCGUCUUGAAUCAGACGACAUCCGGGCCUUAUCGCAUCGGGUCUAAGGCCUGCUUCCGAUUCUCGGCCAUGGUCCGGCGCAUGUCCCUCCCGAUGAUCGUAGAGAUAUUGGCGCCCGUGAACGGGAGUGCGGUAUUCUCUCUGACUGACCUUUCUUCAGUGACCGUUGGCUCAAACAUAGACAACUACGCCUCGCUAGCGACCAAGCAAUUCACGAUGCGUUCCACUACCAAUGACACCGCGUACUUCGACCGGGCUAAUCUCGACCUGGGCAACGUGCAAAGCACCCAAGGGGCCACACCCUCCGCUCUGAAUGAGAUCUCCUUUACGUUCUGCGUCGUUCUAAAUGAUCACCCUCUUAUCACGGAUGGCUCCAAGCAUUGGGUUGGUGUCGGGGUCAAGGGGGGACCCAGUAUGAUGUGGAUAGGGGAGAUAGGGGUGACGGCGGAUGUGCCCGUGGAUCGCAAGCCAGUACUGAAGGUGGAAGUGUCGUGUGAGACGGAAAGCAAGGCGAAGUGUCACGAGACUAGUCUACCCAAAGGGUCUAUUGUUGUGUAUAACGUGACUAUCGCCCAUGACCCCGAGUCGCAGCAGCACGCCAACGAGGUCAAUGCGACCUUCAUGAUGCCACCGUACGUCAAGUUCAUAGAUGAGCUCAGCAGAUCAAGUCAGCUUACACAGAAAGUGAUGGAAGCAGGACCCAAGUUCUCCUUACAGUCCGGGGAGAUCUUCCGUUUCUUGGACAGUCUCAAGAUGUCGUUUUCCGCGCAACUCGACCCGAAUGGGAUGAUGCCAGUAGUACCCAGUCCUACUCUGGCCGUGUCUGUCCUUGACGUCACCUUCACGGGCUCUGACUCCUCUGCUCCGUUUCGAGCACCGCUGGCUCAAGCCACUGCUCAGUUUGUUUCUGCAGCGGCGAAGAAACCUCCUGCCGAAUCCGCUACAGGGUACUGGGAGAAGGGGAUUUACGUGGAUUCCCCAAGCGGGACUCUGUACGUCUGCCAGCACAACGCCGACAGUGCCAAACCUAACUGCUACUACAGCCCUGACUGUAUGACCGGAACCUGGAUUCCAAUGGAUCCAUUUGUGGGUUGUAUCAUUGGCCAAUCCGGGAGCACAGUGUACGCCAUCGCUAAAAACAAGCUCGCCUACAUCAAGCAGAACGCCCGCGAUCAGCAUUGGGAAGCACUCACUAAGCAGGCCUAUGACGCCGUCAAAUCGUCCACUAACCCAGACAAGGUCAUCAAGUUUGACUCGUCCGGCGGUCUCUCUCAACUGAUCUCGGAUGCGGGAAAGGAAUUUAAAGCCGACUCCAAUGGCGUUCACUGCAGGGCUACGUCAUCUGAUGUAUGGACCAUGAAGGCACAGUGGAAAUGCUGCGGCAACUGAGCUCGCUCCGUUUUAUUCCAUGGAGUCCUUACCUGUACAUAUUUCAAGGAGGCUAUAAUGUCAUGCGUAAGCUCCUUCUGUACUUUUCAGUCCAUAAGGCGAUGCAUGAGUUUCUAGAAGCAUAGUAGCAUGUACAUUAGGCGUAUUCAAGACAGGGAGAUGAUACAAAUUACGUCCAAUCGUUUACGAAUUAGUUACAGUAGAUAGCCCUUUCUGCCAGUAUUUUACGCAUUGUCGCAAAAGUGAUAUCAUCCAUCGAUACUAAAGGUAUUUCGCAUGAUUUUAGUCUAAAGGCUCUAUCUCAAGUGGCUGAUGGAUUGUGGGUAUUGCAUCCCCCCCUUCUUCGUGUUACAACGUCUCCCUAAAAAUAUCCUGGAUCCGUCUCUGAUCUAGUCGUAUGCAUCCACAUCGCUUCAUUGAGUCUAGUGUAGAUAUUUAAACAACUAGGGUCAGAUAUGUUCUAAGAGUGUUGUAAAACACACUACACAAAAUAAUAGCAUAGAAGUGUAUGUAUACAAAGAAACUACCACGGGCGGGCGCGAAGCCGGAUUUGGAAUAAUUGAGAUUAAUAAUAGGGAUUAUCCGCGUCUCCCUCAAUGUUUGCCAAAAAGAUCAGACAUCUGUAUAUGAUGUCUGCACACCCCCUCCUACAGGGUCAUUGAGGCGUAAAGGGAAGCCCGGAUUCGCCUUACAUGUCUGGAUAUCAGGAACAUGGAAGGAACGUGGAUUUGCGGCAAACAGCCUGUGGAAGAGGGACUUCCCAGGCCCGUACCAAGGGGGGGGGGGGGGGGUGCAGGGGGUGCAAACGCACCCCCCACAACGGCCACCAAAAGUCCACUUCUGGUUCUCAAUAGACGUGUUUUUGUGUAGAAAAAAAAACUAAAAAUCUUAAGUUAGAUCACUCUGGUAUGUAGCCAAAUUCGACAAUAAACGUCCCGUGGAGAUUCUGCAAGGCAUGCUGCAAAGGCUUAAAAAAAAAUCUCUUUUUGUUCUUUCAGAGGUGGUUAGAUUUUUAUCAGAGAACUCCCACCCCACUUAUUCGGAAUUCGCACCCCUCCAAGAAAAAUCCUGGGUGCGGGCCUGCUUCCUCUCCCCUUUUAAGACUAUAAGCAAAUACCAGCUGACUUCGCGCCUGCCAGAGCAUAGAAUCUUACUGCUAUCUUAAUGAAAUAUGACGGGUCAGAAAGGCAGUUCCCAAAACAAAACUUUUGCAGCAAAAAAUAAAGCAUCUACACCCCUUUCUCUACAAGGAAAUACUAAAGUAAAUCAGAUAACUGCUUUUGCCUGACCCAUCAGAGCCUUUGUUUUUUACGUCUCUUCUACGAUAAUCCGAUGUCAUUCUUCAAAAAGAUAGCUUAAAUAAAGAGCUAGAUGAUAAAACGUUAA